AUGGCGCUUGUUCAAAAUGUCAGACCACAGGGUGCUCUUCUGAGUGACACUGAAAAGAAUCCGAAAGAAUGCAAAGUAGUCACCUUGAGGAAUGGCAGAGAACUUGAAGAGAGGCGCUGGACAAAAUUUGAGACUGUAGUACUUACGGAGGAGUGCAGUUCUAGAGUAAGGAACAAGAUUCCACCAAAGCUGAAAGAUUCGGGCAUUUUCACUAUUUCUAUCACAAUUGGUAAUAUCGAGGUUGGGCUAGCAUUCUGUGAUUUGGGUGCUAGUAUUACUCUGAUGCCCACCUUUAUGUUCCGAACGUUGGGGUUGGGUGAGCCAAGGCCAACAACAGUUACUUUGCAGCUAGCUGAUAGAUCUCUGGAAUAUCCCGAUAGUAUAAUUGAAGAUGUGCUCGUGAAGGUGGGUCCUUUUAUUCUGCCGAUUGAUUUUAUUAUCCUUGAUUACAAGGCAGAUAAGAAUGUCCUUCUCAUUAUGGGAAAGGGAUUCUUAGCGACUGUUAAUGCAGUUAUUCGAGUCAGAGAUGGGAAGAUGUCUAUGACAGUUGAUGAGAAGAAGCUACUUUUGAUGUUUUCAAGGCUACUAAGCUUCCGCCCUAUUAUGAAGAAUUGA